AUGAAUAUCUAUCCCCAUAAGACAUCAGAUAGUUAAGUAAUUAAUGCAAAUGAUUAUAUACCAAUUAUGUCACACCUUUAUUACUAUGUCAUAAAAGGAUUUAAAGAUAGGUAAUCAAAAUUUCUAUGCUUAAGUUCACAUGAUUAUAGUUGAUAUACAAAUAAAAAGACUUUAAAAAUAUUAAUUUUAAGUAUUAGCAAGUUAGAAAUUUGACCAUUGAAGUUGAAUUAUAUAUUAGAUCAUAUUAAAUAUAUUUUGAAGUUUUUCGCCAAUAGUUAAUAGACAAUACAUUAAAUAUUUACUCUUAUCGUAAUAUUCAAGUUUAUUUUAAAUAAUUGAGUAACAUGACCUCAAAAGAAGAAGCAGACUUCUUCUUUGAAAUAAUGUGUUGCACUUCAUUCUUUUUCAAAAUAAAACUAAAUUAACCACAAAAAACAUCUUGUAAUUUUCAAUUUAAUAUAAAAUGA